AUGAGUUUUUUUGGUAAUCUCUUAAAACAGAAAGUUCUGCCUAGUGGCUCAGGGAUCAGCUUGAGGACAAAAUUUCAUACUUAUUUCAAACAACUAGCAGGAGAUUAUAUUUCAUCUGGUCGUGACACUCUACAACUUAUUCGUCAAAAUCCAGUACGAUCUAUUCUCUGGACUUCAGUUGUCUUCACUAUAUCAUACAUUACCAGCACUUGUCCCAAUAAACAGAGUUAUUAUGCUUCUCUCGUUGAAUCUGCUAUUGAUUUGUGGGAAGUUCCAGAUCUUAUACGCAAUUCUAAAAGUGCCAGCUACAUUCAUAGAUGUCUUAAAUUAUUCUCUAAAGAACAGAUUAGGUAUAAUAACCUUGGAUUAUUUGCAAUUAUCUGGCGUGAUGAUCGAACUCAGUCGUGUUAUCAGUAUGCAGAAAUAUGCAAGUACACCUAUCCUGCGAAUGGUGGAGGGAAUUUUACAGGUCUCCUUCGUUUAUUCUUGUUCGAUCGUCCUCAAGAAAAUGGUCUGGAACGCAUACAGAAUAUUGUUCAGGACCGCAUUUUGGAUUUUGGAUUCAUGGGAAAAUGGUGUCCUAAUAACGUGAGUGAUGACUGGGAAGUAAUAAAUGAAGAAGUUUUGUACGUAGACUGUCAAGGUCUGCUAGAAGAUGAUAUCUUAACCCCAUCUAGUGUCAUUCGCCUUGUGGAUAUGGAGUCAAAUAAACCUCUUAUGCAGGUUGGACCAGCGGUCUUUGAAGGACAUUACGAAGAUACAGUUGGGACAUACUUAUUCUUUGACAAUAACUCUACUCUGAAUAACACUCUUCCUAUAGAAGGCGCUUCUGUAGCACCACUGCGCAAAAUGGACGACCAAACACCACAGCACACCACAAGAUAUGUCGCUAAAUCUUCCAAAUCCCUUACAUUCCAGCGCAUUUUCCUAAAAGCAAAAGAAGGAAAUCAUUAG